CAUCAUCAGGCAUGGACUCAGGGAGGAAGCGUGGUCUUGAACAUUUGGACGAGUAUGAACCAAAAGCAGCAAAAACAGGCAAAAUUAGCCUCCAUGAUCGGAUGGCUGAGAGGAGGCUCAUUGUUAUUCUGGAAGGAGCAUCGUUAGAGACUGUGAAGGUUGGAAAAACGUUUGAGUUGUUGAACUGCGACCAGCACAAAAACAUGAUCAUCAAAAGUGGAAGAGACCCGGGACACAUAAGGCCAGAUAUCACACAUCAGUGUCUGCUCAUGCUGAUGGACAGCCCGCUGAACAGAGCAGGCCUUUUGCAGGUUUAUAUCCACACAGAGAAAAACGCCUUAAUAGAGAUCAACCCACAGACCCGCAUCCCAAGAACGUUCAGUCGUUUCUGUGGCUUAAUGGUUCAGCUGCUGCACAAGCUGAGCGUCAGAGCCUCUGAUGGUCCUCAGAAACUGUUGAAGAUGAUUAAAAAUCCAGUGUCUGACCACCUGCCUCCUGGAUGCCCCCGCAUCGCCACCUCCUUCUCUGCCGGUGAGGCUGUUAAUGCUCGGACUGUGGUGCCAGAAGGUCCUGCAGCGGUGGUGAUCGGAGCAUUUGCACAUGGCUCGGUGAAAGUGGACUACACAGAGAAGAGCGUCUCCAUUAGUAACUACCCACUCUCUGCAGCGCUGACCUGUGCCAAAAUCUGCUCCGCCUUUGAGGAGGUGUGGGGUGUCCUGUGACACACAUAUCAUGAUGCCUGUAUUUAAAAGGCGUAUUUACAUUGGACUACAGAUACAUGCUGAGUGUUGCCAUAUGAACAACUACUAAUACCUGAAAACACCCAUUCCCAUUAUAAAUAUGAUUUUUGUUUGGUUUUCUCAAGAAAAUGAGAAGAUAAUUUAUCAUUAUAUGAAC